ACUAGUAGUAAUUUUUGAACUCAAUCUCAAUGUUUUAAGAAAAUGAUGAAAUAAUAAAAGUUCUUCAAACCCAUGUUUUAUUUAAGGAAACCUUAUCAGAAUGAAUAUGAAAUUACACAUUUUUUCUUUCAUUAAUGUCAGUACAAUUUAAUAAAUAACAAUCAGCUUGUUAUUUAUGCAAUUGUAACUAAAUUGAUGAAUAGAAAAAUAUUUAUGAACAAAGUCUUCAUAUAUUUUAGUUAUUGGAGAUUAAGACGGAAAGUAAGUAAGUAUAUAGAAACAAAGUCGGCAAACAAAAACAAUGGUUGGAAUAAGAGGUGAGAGUAUCAAGCUGUCUGUAAAGAAAACUGGCCUUGGCAUUGAUCAUAAGUUUUACCAAUAAACUACUUAAUCAACUGUUUGCUUUCGAAUUCAUUUAUUUCAACACACACCGGCACAAAUUGAUACAAAAGAUUUUCGAGUUUCAUAGAGUAAGACAAAGACAAAGGCAUUCUAAAACCCUUUAGUUGAAUAAAGACAAAGAAAAUUACGACAGGACUAUGUUCGAGAAUACCUAUCAAAUACAUACGCUAAAAUAUCUAAGUACUACAAAGAGCGCUGCUACAAUAUAAAUAAAUUAGUUAUCGACUCUUUUGUUCGCGUCUAUAACAGUCUCCCCGGGCGUAGCUAAGGUUGCAGGUAACAUGUAGGUCACCGGUAAAUUGCACUUGCGCAGAAUAUCUGCCAGCCACCUACAUGUAUUGUAACGCUGCAUCAAUCAAUACCCACUAAUUUAAAAACGUCACGUGCGGUCUGACAUUUGAUUGUUGCGGCUCCGUGUUAAGUGACUAUAAAAUCUAUUAUCGUUUCCAAAUCUACCUGUUGACGCUCAACUGCUUCGAAAAAAAUGAGCCAACAAGAAGUUAAGCCUGCUCGAAAGGGGGAUCGUAUAGACAGCGUGGUAACCAAGAUCAUUAAUAUAGAAGGACCAAAAAUGGAAAAGAUUGAACCGAAGAAGGAGGAACCGAAGUCUGAGGAGCCGAAAAUUGUGGAGCGUAAGAAGGUUGUCCGCAAGAAGGUGGCACCAAAAAAGUUAGAGUCCAAAUCGGAAGAGGCUGAGGAUGAACCUAAGAGUCCUAGCCCUAAUGGUGCUAGUGCAACUGAGGAGGAAUCGGAACGCCCAUUGGGGAAAAGCUUCUACUGCCGCUGCCGCGACUGCAAGCUGUACUUCGGUAAGGGCAACCCUAUCGAAUGCGUUAACCCAAAUAUUGUGGAGAUGCGCUAUCCCAAGUGGAAGUUUGCUAAUAGCGCGAGCGCUAAGGAGCCGGUGUUCCGCCGCCCCGCUGACCCUGACUCCCGCAAGGAUCUCCAGACCAACAAACGUCGCAAACGUUAAAUUACCAGCCGCCCUUGUGAUGUAUUACUAUUGUUUAUACUUCCUACUGAGUUGAAUUGAUCUCUUAUUUAAUAAUUAAUGUAGUUGUUAAGAUAUGUCACAAGCGAAUUUUAAUAGAAAUUGAUGUUUUGAUUUAGUAGGUAGUGUUUCAUGAUGAUUGGUGUCUGUUCGUCCAGUGUAUUACUAUAAAUUAACCAUAUUGGAUGUGAUAACUUCGAAGCCUAAAUUCUACAACGCUUAUACAAUAAAUAAUUUGUAUGUUUUGCUGUUUAAUGCUCAAGAGGACUUAUUUUUAUAUAUCUUUGGAUUAUUAUA